AGUCUGUUUCACUUUUGAAGAAGAUAGUUUGGCCAGAGAUUCAUGCAUCAGUGGGCCCAGCGGAGGAGCAGGUUUCUCCAGGAGUGAAUGACAGCAAUCACAGGAUCCACUGCAGCAGAUCAAGUUACAAUUGUUUUCCUGCUACAUGAAGCCACCCCACAACUUAAACCCCCUUAAAUCCAAGGACAGAGCCUGCUAUCAUCUCCAUCAUCCCCCUCCCACAGGAAGCAGCCAAUGAGAGAGUACACCUCCUCUUCUUUUUAUCUGUCCUCAGGGUCAGAUAAAUGACCUUAAUGACCUAAAAGAAGAAAACUUAGACAAACCGAGAAACCCCUGGCUCAGCAUAACAGCACACUUGACUGACAGGAAAGCCAAAGCAGUAAAGAGAACUUCCGCUGGCAUCAUUCAUGAAACUAUAGAGAACAUAUCCACUGAUAAACUUCACUUCCCAGAGUUCCCUCUUCUGCCCUAUAAAGACCAAGCCCCUGCACCUGGACACACAGGCUCCAUCCCCAGGAAAGACCUGAGUCCUUUAGCUGUUCUGAUCAGAGGACAAUCUGUCCCUGUAGAGGCUGCUCUGCUCUUUCUUUAUUCCCAGAUUCCUCCAUCAGUUCUGAUCAAACACCCUUUCCCAGAGCAGAAGUGGGUGGCAGAGACAAGAAUUCACUGGCCUCCUGCUUGGAGUUACAAUAGAAGGAAAUUGUGAAGCUGUGUGGGAUUUAGCUGCAUAGCCAGGCAUCAUCUGAGGGCUCUAUCACCAUGGGAACCACUCAGUCCAAGAAGGCGAGUGGCUCAAAGGAGGCUCAGCAUAGGCAUCUACUACUCUUGGAACAACACAAAAGGAGACAGAUGGACCUGGAGCUGCAAGGGAUCAAAACCCAGGUCAAGAAGGACUUGAUGCUAACUCCAACCAGCAUGGAAUUCAUUCAAUGGAUGAAUAUCAGGGAACGAUUGUGCAUGAGCCAAGAGUCUUGGAGACAAUUUCAGAUCUCAAAAAGGAUACCUGGCGAAUGGGAAUCUGAGGACUCUGGAUUUGGAAGCAGAGAACAUUCUUCCUCCACAAACACAAGCUCAGCUGGCAUGCAGGUCCUUGAAUGGACAGAUACCGAGAAACUAUUGAACACAGACCAUGAGUCUCAGAGACAUUUUCGGAUAUCAAAGAAGGAACUUGAUGAAUGGGAACCUGAGAACUCUGGAUUCGGAAGCAAAGGAAGCGUUCCAAAUAAGGAAAAUGAUGAUCUUUAUAAGACAGAGUCCUUGAAAACAGAGGGCUUGCUCCAAAAUUUCACACAGCUACAACUCCUACAAAAAUCUUGUCCAAGAGACUGGGAGACUAUGGUUGGGAAAAGCUGGAAUGAAAGUGUAACAGAGAACAGAGGACAUCUGAUUGAGAUCCAAGACUUAUUUCAGCCAAACCCAGAUACACAGGAAACACCUCAAUUAGUUGUAUUACAGGGGGCUGCUGGCAUUGGGAAGUCAACACUGGCCAGGCAGGUGAGGAGAGCAUGGGGAGAAGGCCAGCUCUACAGAGAUCACUUCCAGCAUGUCUUCUACUUCAGCUGCAGAGAGCUGGCCCAGUGCAAACAACUGAGUCUGGCUAAGCUCAUAGCAAAAGACCAGACUGUGCCCCCAGUUCCCAUCAGGCAGAUCCUGUCUCACCCUGAGAAGCUGCUCUUCAUCCUGGAUGGCAUAGAUGAGCCAGCAUGGGUCUUGGAAGAUCAGAAUCCUGAGCUGUGUCUGCACUGGAGUCAGACACAGCCUGUGCACAGACUUCUGGCCAGUUUGCUGGGGAAAUCCAUCCUUCCUGAGGCUUCCUUGCUGCUCACAGUUCGGACCACAGACCUGAAUAAGAUCAUUCCUUCUUUGGGGCAGCCACAUUGGGUGGAAGUCCUGGGCUUCUCUGAGUCUGGACAGAAGGAAUAUUUCUACAAAUAUUUUUCAGAAAAAGGAGAAGCAAUUAAAGCUUUCAACUUGGUUGCCUCAGACCCGGUUCUCUCAACACUGUGUAUGGUACCCUGGGUGUCCUGGCUGGUCUGUACUUGUCUGAAGCAGCAGAUGGAACAGGGGGGACAACUCUCACUCACCUCAAAGACCACCACAGCCCUCUGCCUGAAAUACCUUUCCCUGGUUCUCCCAGACCAUACCCUGCUGACCCAGCUCAGAGGGCUCUGCUCCCUGGCUGCUAACGGGAUCUGCAGAAGAAGGACCCUGUUCAGUAAGAAAGAUCUCUGUGAACCAGGUUUAUCUGAUUGUGUCAUUGGCACAUUUCUGAAGAUUGGUAUCCUUCAGAAGCAGCCCAGCACUCUAAGCUACAGCUUUUCCCACUUGUGUCUCCAGGAGUUCUUUGCAGCAAUGUUCUGCAUCUUGAGGGAUGGUGAUAUGAAAAUAUACAGAAUUGUGGAAACACUGAUAGAAGUGUAUGGGAGAGAAGAACUGUUUGAGGCACCCACCAUACGCUUCCUGUUUGGCCUGUUGAGUAAACAAAGGGUGGGAGAAAUGGAGAAGUUCUUCAUCACCCGCUUGCCUCUGGACACUGUGUGGGAAACACUGUAUAAAGCCAGGGCAUUGCCCAAGCACCUGGAUCUCUGUUCUCUGGGGUUGUUUCACUGUUUUUAUGAGACUCAGAAUGAGGGAUUCCUGACACAGGUGAUGCACAAUCUUCAAACAAUAAAGUUUUGUGACCCGACAGAUAUGGCUCACCCAGUGUUCCAGACAAAUGUGAACCACCUGAUGGUCCAGACAGACGUGGAGCUCAUGGUAUUCACUUUCUGUAUUAAGUUCUGCCGCCAUGUGAUGAGGCUUCAACUGAGUGGGGAUGGACAGCAGAGACCAACACUUUUGGUCCCCAGGAUGGUUCUGUCGAAGUGGAUCCCUUUCACAGAUACCAGUUGGCAGAUUCUCUUCUCCAUUCUUGAGAUCACAGGAAGCCUGAAGGAGCUGGACCUAAGUGGAAAUCCAAUGAGCUAUUUGGCACUGUGGAGACUUUGUAGGACCCUGAGAUGCCCUGGAUGUCAACUAAACACAUUGUGGCUUGUCAACUGUGGCCUCACAUCCAGCCACUGUGAGGACCUGGCCUCAGUGCUCAGUGCCAGCUCCAGCCUGACUCAGCUAGACCUGCAGCUGAAUGACCUGGGAGACCGUGGUGUGAUGUGGCUGUGUGAGGGGCUCAGGAGUCCUGCCUGCAACCUCAGAACCCUGAGGCUGGACCAGGACUCUCUCAGUGACCAUGUGAUGAAGAAGCUCUGGAUCCUGGAGGCAAAGAAUCCACAGCUGCUCAUCUCCAGCAUAUGGAAGCCACAUAUACCCGAGGACUCAGAUGAAGAAGAAAUGUGUGAGACCCCGAUCUCAAUCAAGCAGCAGAGACUACAGUCAGGACAUAAACACAUGAAGCCACAGGGGACUGAUGACGACUUCUGGGGUCCUACAGGGCCUGUGACUACUGAGGUGAUUGACAGAGAGAGGAACUUGUAUCGAGUUCAAUUCCCUGUGCCUGGUUCCUACCACUGUCCCAACAUAGGACUCUCCUUUGUGGUGACGAGGGCAGUGACCAUCGAGAUUGGAUUCUGUUCCUGGAGCCAACACCUGAACCAGACUCCCUUGAAGUACAGUCACAUGGUGGCUGGGCCUCUGUUUGACAUCAAGGCUGAGCGGGGAGCUGUGGCUGCUGUGCAUCUCCCUCACUUUGUGAAUCUCCAAGAGGAACAGGUGGGCAUCGUAUUCCGUGUGGCCCACUUUAAAGAACAUGGGAUGGUCCUAGAAACUCCCAGAGUGGAACAGAUAUAUGCAGUGCUGGAAAACCCAAGCUUCCCAGUGGGAGUUCUAAUAAGAAUGAUUCCUGGUUUUGUACGCUUCAUCCCCAUCACUUCCAUCACACUGAUCUACUAUCGUCUCAAUCACAAGGAUAUGACAUUUCACCUCUACCUGAUCCCCAAUGACUGCACCAUUCGGAAGGCCAUUGAUGAUGAAGAAAUAAAAUUCCGAUUUGUUCGAAUAAACAAGCCACCCCCAGUAGACUCCCUUUAUAUUGGUUCCCGUUACAUCGUAUCUGGUUCCAAGAAGCUGACAAUCAUCCCAAAGGAGUUAGAGCUGUGCUACCGGAGCCCCGCGGAAUCCCAGCUCUUCUCUGAGAUCUCUGUUGGUUACAUGGGUUCAGGGAUUAAUCUGCAAAUCAGAGACAAGAAGAAUAAGAAACUUAUAUGGGAAACCUUGCUGAAACCAGGGGAUCUCAGAUUUGCACUGCUCAUGAUGCCUGCAGUUCACAAAGAUGCUCCUGCCUUGCUACACUUCGUGGACCAGCAUCGGGAGCAGCUGGUGGCCCGAGUGACAUCAGUGGACCCUCUCCUGGACAAGCUGCAUGGUCUGGUGCUGAGGGAAGAGGAAUAUGAGGCGGUGCGAGCUGAAGCUACCAACCAAGACAAGAUGCGGAAGCUCUUCAGCCUCAGCAGGUCCUGGACCAUGGCCUGCAAAGACCAAGUCUACCGAGCUCUGAAGGAGACCCAUCCUCACCUGAUCAUGGACCUCUUUGAGAAGUCAGGACAGCUCUUUGUGGACCCAGAUGUUCCCUUUUGGCCUUGCCCAGCCUGUUCAUGUGGGAUGAGCAUCUCAGGAAACUUCCAACAGAGUCAGCAAGUCUAUUCAGGCCUUGGCCAGCCUGCUCUCAUGAGUGACCAGUCUCAAAACAUCCUGACCAACCAUGAUACACGCAGAACUGGGAGCAUGGGGAUGGAGACAAUGAGAUGGUGCUUUCCCUGGAAAGUGAGUGUCUUAUGAUUAGGGAAGGAAGGGAGCUUCUUAAACAUUUCCUGCCUCUUUUUCCCACAUAAAUUUUAUAUAACCCUAGGUAUAUAGAUAUAUAAGAAUAUAAACCAAACAUUAUUUACUGAAUUUCAAUCUUAAAUAAAUUUAUAUUAAAAUAGCUUCUUGUUGUAAUACAGUUUUACCAUUUGAUAAAGAUGACAGCAAAUUUGAAAACUACUGAGGUGGAUUAUUUUUUGCAUAAUGAAUGAAACCUCUGUUGAAGAUUUGAUGCUGUAAGAUAUAGAUAAACUUCAGUGUAUCUGAGUUGGUGAAUUGUAGUGAUAUUUCAUUUGUAUUUUAAUAAAUAAAGCUUGCCUGAGGAUCAGAGAGUAAAACAGCCCCGCUGGUCAGACUUACAGACCAGGCAGUGGUGGCACACACCUUUAAUCCCAAGAGCCACACUAGUUUGCCAUAGAAACUGGGUGGUAGUGGUGCAUGCCUUUAACCCCAGCACUAGAGAGGAGUAUAAGACAGAAGACAGCUCUCUGACAGCGUCUCAUUCUGAGAUUCCUAGAAGCAGGAUGACCAUUUUGGACAGAGGUAGAGGUAAGAGCCAGUGGCUAGCUGUUUUACUUUUCUGACUUUCAGGUUGAACCACAAUAUCUGUCUCUGAGUUUUUAUUAAUUGUGCUACAGUGGAUAUUUUGCAUCCUUUUUGCUUUACAUAGACAUGCAAUGCACAUUUCAGAAGCUGGUGGAAAUUCUGUCCUAAAUCCAAGCCAAAAUUUGCUUAGUAUCUCUUUAUGUAAUUCAAGUCAGCAACUAAAAACACAUAUUUUAAAACCAAAUGAUUUCACAUAAUAAAAUACAAAGAUAUGUUCAACAUGAUACUUACAUGUUAAAGAAUUAAAAUAAAAAAGAAUUAAAAUGAAAAAUAUUUAAAUCUUUAUAUUUCAUGAUGAAGCUAUCAUGUUUCUCUAAGAGCAGAAGAUCUUAUAUGUAUAGGAAAAUGUUGCAAUCACAGUUAACAACAGUCGAGACCUAGCCAAGGUGUUUCAGGUACAUCAUAGGGGUUGUGUGUUGUGCAGGUUCAUGCAAUACAAAGUACUCAGGCUAUGUGCUCAGAUCCACAGAUGUGAUGAAGUCACGUGAUGCAACAUAGCACACACUUCAGAAACACCUCAGAUUCAGUGCACAUUUGAAUUAAGCUUGUUGGAUCCCUAGAGGACAGGCCUUUGCACCCCCACUUGAUCUGUUUUGCACUCUUGAGGUUGGUUGAAAACAGGAACAAAAACAGGAACAAUCUGUUGUUUUCAGCAAUGUUUCUAAGGAUGUUUACCCCUAAGCCAUUGAGUUACAUUGAUGAGCUUCCUUCUAUUGCUGGUUUGGCCUCCCCUGCUGAGGGCUAUAUAUACUUGUGAGAAUGUGGAAUAAACGACUUGUCUACAGAA